AUCGAAGAGAAGUUCUUCACGGCGAUGAAGAAGGACGGCUCCUACCGAACCCGUGACCAACUCACUUCCAAAUGGGGCCACAUCAACAAAAAAGUCCGAAAGUUUAUGGGAGUAUACGAGGAAUGCUCCCGGUCCCGGAGGAGCGGCACGAACGACGCCGAUGUUCUCCGGCUUGCCACGACCCGGUAUCAAGACGACGGGAACCAAGGCAAGGUGCCCAUCGAUCUUUGGAGGAUUUUGAGUCGUUCCCCGAAGUGGCAACAACUCAACAAUCCCGACGGCGGAUCGUUCCGGAAAAGAUCCACCGUCGACGCCGAGGUUGAGGUCGACGAGACCAUUGGUUCUACCGAUCAAAUCCCUUCCUUCAACGUUGCGGCUUCCGAUGACGAGGACCCCAUGCCACGGCCGAUCGGAAGAAAGAAGGCAAAAUCCAUUGCCUCUGGUUCGGGAGGGUCCGCCUCUGUUUCCGCUUCUCCCCGCGACGAAAUCGGCCUGGCAAUGGUUGAACAACUUCGGGCGUUCAAUCUCCAAGAACAGGAGAGGUUGAAGCUUAAAGAGAAGGAGUUGAAGCUAAAGGAGCAGGAGGCCGAGAUGAAAGUCAUGCAAACGGACCCCGGGACGUUGUCGGAGUUUGGACGAAUUAUCUACGAGCAAAGAAUGAGAGAGAUCAAGGAGAAAUAUAAUUUUCCUUAGUUUUUUUUAUUAAUGUAUCUUUUUUUUUAAAUUAUUGUCGCUUUUUUUAUUUAAUUAAUGUGUUUUUUAUUAUUCGUGUUUCAAUUUAAUUAAAUAAAAAAUUAAGUACAUUUUAUUAAUUUAAUUUUAGAAGAUGUAUAUUUAAAAAUGUAAAAAAUGAAGGUUUGAAGCCCAG